AUGGAAGAUGUCUUUCAAGACCUCGCCCGUCCGUAUGAAAACCCUCUCGGUCAGCCCGAAUCUCGAAAGGUCGGAUUUCUGGACCCAUACACAGCCAGGAGACUCGAGACCCUCUACAAGCAACUCAAAGGACUGUCGGAGACAAACCCUAAUGACGUCAAAGCUGUGAAGAGGGUCACUCAGGCAAUCGUUAGAGUUCUGAACCCAACUGACCCAUUCGGCCUGGAGGAAGACGAGCCGGAAGACACUCCUACUGGCAGAGUUAAGGAAGACGGUGCAGGCGAAAAGCGUCCGCACGAUGUGGUCUCGCAGGAGGAAUCUAAGCAAGACCAAGCUGGCACUGAUUCUCCCAAGCAUCUUUUCUGGUAA